AUGGACCAAAAAUCAGUUGAUCCAAAAUCGUUCAUUCAAAUUAAUAUCCCAUCUAAAUCGGCGAAAAGACGUAGUAGUAACAGCAAUUCUACAAUUCCCACAUCAUUACAAUAUAACAAACACGAUUUACAAAAUAUAAAAAAAGAAUUAAAAACUAACAGCACAACUUGCCUAACGUCGGUCCAAAUAACAGUGCGACGGGUGGAGGCUUUAACGGAAGCAUCAUUCAUGGUGGUGUUUGGAAGUCCUAGUAUACACAGAUUAGGAAGUCCUUUCAGUCAUAGAACAGGAAGUCCUAGCAUUCAUAAAACGGGAAGUCCUAGUAUUCAUAAAAGUACAUCAAAAGAAAAAGGUUCUAAGAAAAGAGGCUCAAGUAUUAAAGCUAAAAAAGAUGAUUCAG